AUGGUUGGCCUCAUGAAGCUUUUCGCCUCCGCGGCUCUUCUUGCCCAAGGUGCUCUCGCCGUUCCGACGGAGCUCGCCAAGAGGGGCGAGGGAAUUCAUCUCUUCAACUGCCGUCCCUUUGGCGGCGCCGGUGUUCCGCAGACCUGGAUUUCCAUUGUCGUGUACUGCGCCAACGACUCGGACUGCAGCAGUUUGGGCUACAGCCCCCCCUCUGACAACGUCUGCGUCAAGGGGACCUCGACAUCGUCUGAGGUUUACCACGUCUGGGAGGGCGGCAGCCAGUCGUGCACUUUCCCCACCGGCGUGACUUUUACCUGGAACAUCCCGUCCGGCGCCCAGUCCCAGCCCAACUACUCUUCCGUCGGGUCCGGCUCCAAUGGCUACAGGAGUUUCGCUGGAUUCAAGGACGACCAUGUCAACGGUGCCAGCUACAACUACCACAGCUGCGAGAAGAUCUACUAUUACAUUUAA